AUGAUAGGACCAGCGACGUUUAGAAUUGGCGCGCCGACCUGCAGAUCUUCUGAAAUUCUAGCAACAGGAUUGGCCAGCAGUAGCCGAGGAGGUCCGUUCGUCUGUCCAGAAGCCAGCGUCAAAAUCAGCCUGAGAGUGGACUUGCGCGGUGGGGAACCGUCCGGCGUGAUCGCGACUUUGGUCGAUUCCGGCGCGACGAAAACCGGGUCGUUGUCGUUCUGGUCGAGCACGACGAUUCUCGCGGUCACGGUCGAAGCUAAUUGCUCACCGGGAGGAGCGCGGUCCGACGCCUUGAGGAUCAGCGUGUAUUCGGCUCUUUCCUCCCUGUCGAGAGGCCUGGCCAACGUGAGAGCGCCGGUCAACGAGUCGACCGCGAAACUGCCUCUCGAUGGAAACUCGGCCACCAAACCGUAUCGAAGAUCGCCGUUCAAACCGCUGUCCAAAUCGACGGCCGUCAAGUUGUAUAUGGUGGAGCCGAUUACCGCCCUCUCCGACACGCGAACGGUUAUCGGAUCCUGCGGCCAUCGGGGUGCAUUGUCGUUGGCGUCCUCGAUCACGAUCUUCACCGAGACAGCGAUGCUCUGGGGGUUGCCGAUCGACGUGGUGUCCAACGCGCGUAUCUCCAAGUGA